AGUAACCGCGCCGCCGUUGUGAACAGCCGCUGCUGCUAGGGUUUUGUUUAGCCGCCGCUGCUAGGGUUCCGAAUAGCCGCUGCCAAGGUUAGUUCGUUAUUAGUUUUUUCAAUCUCAGAUCAGUUUUUCAGCCGUGUAUGGAAACAAUGGCAGAUGAAAAGAUAAAGAUUGAAAAGUUUGAUGGAAGGGAUUUUGGGUUUUGGAAGAUGCAAAUCGAAGAUGUUCUUUAUCAGAAAGACUUAUACCAAACGUUAUGGGGAGAAAAGCCAGAAAAGAUGAGUGAUGCAGAUUGGGCGAUUUUGGACAGGAAAGCUUUGGGAGUGGUUAGGUUGUCAUUGGCAAAGAGUGUUGCUUUCAACAUAGUCAAUGAAACGACUACGCAUGGGUUAAUGAAAGCUUUGUCGAAUAUGUACGAGAAACCCUCAGCAUUGAACAAGGAGUUUUUGAUGAGACGGUUGGUUAACACCAGAAUGAGGGAGGGUGCUUCAGUUACCAUUCACAUCAACCAGUUUAAUUCGGUCAUAAAUCGGUUAGGAUCAGUUGGAAUUAAGUUUGAUGAUGAGCUUCAGGCGUUGCUGCUUUUAUCUUCUUUGCCUGACAGUUGGUCUGGAACAGUGACUGCAGUUAGUAGUGCAUCUGGUACUACUAAGUUUACUUUUGAAGGAAUUCGGGAAUUGAUUCUAGGUGAAGACAUCAGAUGCAGAAGUUCAAGGGAUUCUUCGAGUGCACUAUUGAGUACUGAAGGUAGAGGAAGAAGGAAUGAAAGAGGAAGCGACCGUGGUAGAGGCAAGAGUCAGUCCAAGCAUCGGGAAGGAAUUGUCUGUUGGGAUUGCAAACAGAUGGGACAUUUUAGAAAGAGUAGUAUAGAUUCCUGGGUGAUGGAUUCUGGUACAUCUGUUCAUGCCACACACAGCAUGAAGAUGAUGAAGAAUCUGAAGAUUGGGGACUUUGGUAAGGUACGACUUGGUAACGAUGAAAUUCUGGAUGUUACGGGCAUGGGGGAUAUUGACUUGAAAACUUCAGUUGGAGCCACUUGGACUUUGAAAAACGUCAGAGUCAUUCCUAGCUUGAAGAGGAUGCUUAUCUCAGUUGGGCAGUUNGUAGAGAGUAGUAUAGAUUCCUGGGUGAUGGAUUCUGGUACAUCUGUUCAUGCCACACACAGCAUGAAGAUGAUGAAGAAUCUGAAGAUUGGGGACUUUGGUAAGGUACGACUUGGUAACGAUGAAAUUCUGGAUGUUACGGGCAUGGGGGAUAUUGACUUGAAAACUUCAGUUGGAGCCACUUGGACUUUGAAAAACUGGAAGGUGGUCAAAGGAAAUCUUGUUGUUGCUUGUGGCAAAAAAAGGGGCUCGUUAUAUAUGGUCGAGAUACCUCCACAAGGAGCAAGUCCAGUUUUUGUAAAAGAAAAGGUCCGGUUCAAAGAAUCUCGUGUGCUAAAGAGGGUUACCUUUGCAAAGGAGAAACUCAGAGAAAGAGUACAGAUUCAGGAUGAACUAGCUCGGAAGGUUCAACCAGUCAGGGAAUUUUGUGGCAGUGGGAGCACAGGUCGUGCUUCAGUCCCAAUCCGACUGUGGGUUAGGAAAACUAGUAUUCCGACAUUGAAUGUUUCUCCUGUUAACAAUUUGCUUGGUUUGGAGAAUGUAGGUUCUCAGUUUGUCUUAGAAGCUAGGAGAGUGAUAGAUGUGUCACACUCGGAGCUAGCAGAGAAUGAGAACGAGUCACGGGUUGUGACUGAUGAGUUGAAGCUCAGUGGGAGCUUCAACGGGCCUUCAGAUAACUAAAGUGAAGGCCGCUGCAACUAGUGGAAAAUGAGGAUUACAAGAGUUACAGAUGAUGCAGACUAAGGGGCGUUGUUCGAGCCUCCAAGUGGGAGAUUGUUGGGCGAAUUGAGUGUGGAGGCUCGACCAGGAAGGGCAGCCGGCCCUAGUCUUGGUUCGACCCAUAUGGCAGUAAAUUAGGUUUUUAAUU